UUAUUAUGUCCAUAUUAUCAAAAACCCUAGUCACCAGGUUUUGGAACGCUUGUUCAUUCUAAACCGGUCAAUUGUAUGCUCUGAUCCGGUUUGGGUUAAUUUAAAAAAAUCUUUUCUUUUGUAAAAAGAGAUUCUCAAGACAAAAAGCAAUCUGAAACACAGAGUGAUGAUGCAGCAAUAGAAUUACAUUCUUUGAAGAUCAGUUCUCUCUUUUGUCAGGUAGCAGAGAUGGAACAAGGUGAUGAAGAAGUCAAAAAGAGAGUUGCUUUUGUCCUGAUCGAUGGUUUGGGAGAUGUCUCAAUACCUAAAUUAGGCUACAAAACUCCUCUGCAAGCAGCUAACAUACCAAAUCUCGACGCAAUCGCAUCAGCUGGAAUCAACGGUCUAAUGGAUCCAGUGGAAGUUGGGUUGGGAUGCGGUAGUGACACUGCUCACCUCUCUCUGAUGGGUUAUGACCCCAGAGUGUACUACAGAGGACGCGGCGCGUUUGAGUCAAUGGGUGCAGGGUUAGCAAUGUCACCAGGUGAUAUAGCUUUCAAGUCUAAUUUCGCGACGUUGGAUGAGGAAACUGGCAUUGUUGUUAGUCGAAGAGCUGACCGGCAUUUCGAAGAAGAAGGGCCUAUACUUUGUGCAGCUCUUGAUGGAAUGAAGCUUCCUUCUUUCCCUGAGUAUGAAGUGAGAGUCAGAUAUGCAACGGAACACAGAUGUGGAGUGGUUGUAAAAGGACCAAAGCUCAGUGGGAACAUCUCAGGAACAGACCCUUUGAAGGAUAACCGUUUACUUCUCCAAGCUAAACCUCUGGAUGAAUCAGAAGAAGCUAACCACACAGCUAACGUCGUUAACGAACUAUCCAAAGAGAUAUCACGCAUUCUUGUUACCCACCCGGUUAACGCAAAGAGGCUUGCACAAGGCAAGAACAUAGCUAACCUCGUCCUUCUAAGAGGCUGUGGCAUUCGAAUAGAGGUUCCUCCUUUCGAAGAGAAGCAUGGUUUGUGGCCGUGUAUGGUAGCACCGACCAAGAUUAUAGCAGGACUUGGUAUGUCCCUCGGCAUCGACAUUCUAGAAGCUCCAGGAGCCACUGGUGAUUACAGGACGCUUCUCACAUCGAAAGCGGUUGCUAUAGCCAACGCACUCUCAGCUCCUUUGAGCCCUUGUCCUAAUGUCUUUGUCCCGGGAGAGGACGGGCAUAAACCGGGAAGGUCAGGUGGUUAUGACUUCGGGUUCCUUCACAUAAAGGCUAUAGAUGAUGCUGGUCAUGAUAAGGCCACGAUGUUCAAAGUCAAGGGCUUGGAGGCUGUUGAUAAGGCCAUACGCCAGCUCGCUAAGCUUCUAUGGCAAGCUGAGUCUUGUAGUGAUUACCAGUACUUCUUGUGUGUGACCGGUGAUCAUUCUACUCCGGUUGAGUACGGAGACCACAGCUUCGAGCCGGUUCCGUUCACGAUGUGCCGGUUGAGAGAGUUUGUGAGUGCUGUUGGAGGAGAAUCAGCGCUGUUGGAGACGUCUUUGGAACCUUUUCCACUUCCAACGGUUGUGGAGUGUGGCGAAGAUGUUGCCGGAAAAGAGGAAGACGGUGGGAGGAAGGAGACUCCUACGGCGGUUGGUGGUGAUUCAGUUGCGGAGUUGAGUGAGAUUGCAGCUGCGAGAGGGUGUCUUGGUCGUUUCCAUGGUGGUGAAAUGAUGGGAGUCAUCACUAAGUUUCUUAAGCUUGAGGUAUGAGUUUUCUAAACUUUUGCAUGUUUAUUUGAGAAUUUGAAUAUUGGAAGUGUAAUAAAAUGAUUAAAAGAUACAAAGAAUAAUGUUUACUAAUCUUUUUACCAAUUUCUCUUAUGGUUUCUCACAUGUAAUACAUAAAUCUUUAGACUA